UGAUUUGGAUAUUCUCUUCUCACAUGGCAUGUAGUUUGGUUUUUACUGAUGCUCUCUGAUAAUUUAACUCGGAGACAUGCAGCUGUCAUAAUAAAGUGAACUUAUUCCCUCACAAUGGAUAUACCAAUGUCUAUUGUCAUUGAAAAGACUCCGUUCGGAUUGGGGUUUACAUUAAAAGACGAAGGUAAACCAUACGAGUCCACUGCUCUAGUGACUAAAGUUGCUCGAGGCAGUUCGGCGGAGGCAUCUGGCUUAAGAAUAGGUGAUCGGAUUGUUGCCAUUAAUCAGAAACCUGUGAAAUCUAUGACAUUCUUAGAAGUUUCCAAUUUCCUCCGAAGUGGCAGCGAUCGAAAUAUUCAACUUACAUUACUACAUAAAUCUCUUGUUCCUAACCAACCAAUUACUGAUACAGUUUGUGAAUUAUCACCGCUUAAAAUAUUGACUUCAUCUAAUAUCGUUAAUGGUAUUCAAAAUAUGUCUUUGAAAGAUUCAAAUUCUGCAUUUUUAUACACUACUAAUGCUAGUAAUACUACUACUAUUACUACUGAUGUUCAUAAAGAUGAAAUGAAGAUUUCACCUGACUGUACUGUAAGUCUUUCAGCCUCUUGAGUGAAUACUUUACAUAAUAAGUCUAAUUAAUCCAUUCAGUAAUGCGUUGUUGUUGAUGAUGAUGUCUCAGUUAUAGUUGUGUGUAAAACGGCAAAGUUAUUGUUGAUCAUAAGUAGUAGAGCGUUGUGGUCUGUUUUUUGGUUUCCCUCAAAUUUUGACAUGCUGAAUUCCUCAACUUCUUGUCUCGUUUUUAUUUCACUAAUUUGUAUCUUUUCCUUGAAUCGUAUCAUUGAUGCCUAAUCUUCCCUAUAACCACUAAUACUCUUACUACCUCUAGCAUUCUGGGAUUUGGUCUUAUAAUUCCAUCUCUCUGUGGAGUGUGGCAACUUGCACCGAUGUACAUACAUACAGGCUCCACGUUGUGACUGACUGACUAUUUGAUUAUAGAAGCCGAUUUUCUACUAUUUUAUUAAAUUAGAACAUAUUCUGUCAUCAUUUUAUUUCUAAUAUCUGAUUGUUAGUAGUAUCGUACGAAUGUUAUCAAUAAUUUACACUGCGUUUUAGAUUGUAGUGGCUUGCCUUCGAGAUAAUCCCUUAGGUUUCGUUUAUCAAUUACCCCGGUAACUGUUAUUAGGUAAAUCCCAACGGUGUAUGAAUUCAGAAGGCGAUACGAAGCGAUGACUACAUUUUAUUAUUGGAUAGCACAGGUAAAGAAGUUCUAAGUGCAUCGAGCGAAUUUGAGCUGAGAAAAUAAUGCACACAAGCAAGCGAAUAUAGAAGCGGGUUCAGAGUCAAAUGGCAUCGAGGCGAAACGAGGCAAGGCAAAAAUUAAUAAGAUUGGAAUAUAUAUAUAGUAAAGAGAAUGAUUUGUCGAGCGAUAUUUAAGUGAUCAACAUUUAAGGUAAAGUGGGGAAUAUGUACGUAAACUCACAUGUGAUCUAAUGUACACGUUUAUACAGACAUGAUAGUGAUCAUAAUAAUACAAAGAGAUAGACAAACUGCUACUGUUCAAAUAACACUGUCGAAUAAAUUAAUUAAAGGGUUUGACAAAAUUAACCGUAAUUAAAAUUGAUUGUAGGAGUGUUGCUAUAAGAUGUUCAUGUUAUAGCGAUUUAUUAUCUUACCGCUCCUCCCCUUCCCCCCGUUUCGCAACUUUACACUAGAUAAAUUUAACAUACCAGCACGUUACAACGGUAUAAAAAUGAAGGAGAGUCUUAAAACAAAAUAGUGGAAAAACAUUAAAAUAAGCAAGAAGAACAUGGAGUGAUUCAUUAAAUGUUUAUUCAAAGUUAACAGAGAAGGUGAAUUCGGCCUACUGUGAUUAGUUGAAGCUUAGCUAUAUUACUAAAGCUUACAAAUCACUUACAUUUGUCUACAUCUCACAGUCAUAUACCAGCAUGCAAUAGAUCCUUGUACAAUAUACGCCUAGUUUCAUUCGUUGUCCAGAGCUCACCCCAAGCAUUUGCACAGUUAUACUACAGGAUCUUCCAUGUUAUCAGCAUCGUGCCUGUUGUAUCAUUCUUUGUCAUUGUUCAAAGUUGGUUCGGUAGUUUUCAUGGUGAAUCCAAAAAUUAAAAGUUGAUAAUUGUCAUCAACGAUGUAUUCGUGAAAUCAUAUAGUUUGAAGUUAUUUUACUGUUUAUUAACCCUACGGUGACUGGAACUGGUUAGUUUAUCUGUAUGAUUAAUAGAUAUUCUCAAUUUGGUCAAAUUGAGACAUUGUACAAUAAAGUGGUAUUAUUAACUUAAAGUUUACUACAGGUUUUCUGCUUAGUUUUCUUUCAAUUAGACAUGCAUCUACAGUUAGAUGGUAUUGAAUGUGUGUGCUUCGGUUUAGGUACCCGGACAGUAUCCCAGCCCUCACACAAAUCGAAUGAUUUAUGUGGUUUAUAUCUGUUUGAUACCUGCUCGUACCAAUGUUUGUGUUUGAAUAAAUAAAAAAAUAAAUCAUGUGCGUGACGUAGUUCGCCAUUGAAUAUGGCAUAUAUUUCGCAUAUCAUUGGAUAUCAAAGAUGUUUCAGAGUAAAUAUGUUUGUUAUACUUAUCUAUCUCAUUUUUACAGAUCUUCAGUACACUUCGAUCAUAAGCUACAUAGUAGCUGACACUUCGUGCAUCGGUCCAAGUUGACACACAACAUCGAACAGAAAUUAUCAGUCCAAAGGCCUGAGUUGCAGGAGAAGUAACAGUACUGGUGGUAGUAGAAAAAAAUAGGCAUAAGUAGUAUGAUUCAAGAAGAAAGAAUAAAAUUUUAAAACAAAAAACUCAAGGUUUAAUAGAAAGUAAGUAGUGAGCCCAUCUCCGCAGCUGUAACCGACUCUAAGCCAUCUAACCCCAACGUCUGUAACUAUAGAUCACAAUAGUUACUCGAACUUCAACUGGGUAAUCUACAACUACCAACAUGGUUCAAUCCAAUUGUUGGUGACUUCAUGGACUGAUCCUAUGUCUUAGACUGUCCUCUAGCAUUCGUUUCACAUAUGAGUAGGUAGUGGUUAGGCAUACAUAACACAUUUCCCAGUCACAUUUGUCUAUAAAGGUCCACGGUUUCAUCAACUGAUCUGCCAUUUGUACGUAGAACUCUGUAUCUGACUUUGACAUUGCUCUCUCUAUGGUUUCAACAUAUAGAAACAUCACUUCGAAAGUAUCUGUACACCAAUGAACUUAUUAAGCUUUAUUUGAAGUUCUUAUCAAUUUAUUUUCUAGCAACAUUUACCGUCAAUUUCAAUCACAAAACAACAUUGAUUCGUUAAUCGGUCAAAAUACUAUACAUUUCUAUCUGAUUUCUAACCACUUUUGUCUGUUUUCUUUCAUCCGUUACAAUUUGUAGUCGUCAGUUGUUUCAAUCUCUCAGUUGAAUAAACCGACACCGAAACCCCGAACUACUAUUAAUACUACUACUAAUACUGCUAACACUGGUAAUAGUAAUAAUUGUGAAAAGCCGUUUAAUAGUCAAGAAAUUAAAAAAUUGGACAAGUUAUCUAACAAUUUAUUACAUCCAGUUUUAUCACAACUUCAAGAAUCCGAAUUUGACAAUUCAUCAACGAGUCAUUUACUCUCAGAUGAAUUCUUAUCAUCCAAUGAAGCUCGUAAAGAAAACUCUUGCCCACCUGAUUCAAUUCAGUUGAUGGAUAAUUCUCCGACAGGAACUGAUAAAACACUGACUAAGAUCAAACCCAUCGAUCAUAAUUUAAACACAUUUGAAUCAUCUAAAAAGUCUGGAUUUGAUUCUGUUCGAAUUAUUCGAAAACAUACAAUAGAUCCGUCAAGUAUUGAAGAUGUAAACACAGAUACACUGCCAGUUCGAUUUAUUCGUAAACGUGCCUAUGCUUCUACUCGUCAUCCUGGUCGAUAUGAUCAAGUGAAAACAUUAAUAUCAAUGAAUAUCACUUCUACUGAUAACACAAUUAUCACAAGUAAUACUACAGAGAGUCAGCCAGUUUCUGUUACAUGUAAAAAUGUCCAUACUUCACCAUGUCAACUUUUACCGGCUGUUAAUGUUUCACAUAAAAAUUCCAUCAAUAAUUACCAACAUAAUACUGAACCUAAAAUAAUUCACCUACCUCGACGUCGGAGCUCUACCAAUAGCGGUAGUGUUGUACAAGGAUUACAUUCAAAACACCAAAUGAAUGUAUCAUGUUUUACUCGUGAUGAUAAUAAUGAUGACGAGCAUGAUUAUUUGCUUGAUAAGCAACCAUUUGAAACUGGUACUCUUAAUAUUGGGCUGUUAGGAAAAGAUGUUUCAAACAUACAUGAAACAAAUAUCUCAUAUUCAUCACCUAAAGAAGAUUCACCUAUACCAUAUCAUGCAACAUAUACCAAUAAGUCAAAUUAUACUUCUGUUGGUGCAUCACAUCGAUCCAGUAAAACAAGUUUAUUAAGUUCACGCUUAUGGGCAUCAUUUGAUCAAGAUCAAAAUGAAUCUGUUUCAGAUUUGUGGACACGUGCCGGUGAAAUGUAUCACAUGCUUGAACAAGAAAGUCAACGUUUAGCCAAUAAGAAAACAAUAACAACAAUUAAUACUACUUCUACGUCUACCACUACUACUAGUAGUAGUAAUAGUAGUAGCCGUAAAAGUAAAACUCAUCGACAUCUUGGCAUAUGGGAUAAUUAUCAACAAAUGAAUUGUUUUCCUGAUGAUAAUGAUAAGAAUACAGUUAAAAAUCUAGAAUUUUCUUCACAACUACCUUACUAUUCUAGUCCUAUACCUAAUUGUCAUAAAGAUAUGUCUACAAAAGCUGCUCAUUACAACUCUCAUUGUUCGGAAUCGAGUCGUGAUCAUACUGCCGUGAACUCGACUAAAAAACGCCUACAGUUUCGUGCUUUAUGCUCAGGUCUACGAUCACAUCGUUCAGAAUCGAAUAUACUAUGUGAUAUGUCUGGAUCAUUUUUGUCACGUCAGUGUUUUUGCAAAAUUCUUGCUAUCGGUGGAUCUGAUAAUAAAUCUUAUUCAUGGAAACCGUAUUACAUGCGCGUAUCUGGUGCUGAAGUGAGAUUUAUCAAAGCAUCUUGGGCAUUUCAUGGAUCUGGACGAACAACCAAAACUUCUAAAAGUAAAAAUGAUAUUAUCUAUCCAAGAAAUAAUAGUUUGGGUAAUCUUCGUGAUAAUUAUUCUUCUCGGGGAACACUGGAUACCUCUAAAUCUCAUGAUGAUUUAAAUGAUGAUUCUAUUACAUAUUAUUAUCCUACAUACAAUACCGAUAUGGAUUGUUCAAACAAUACUAUUAAUGUUAAUAAAUCAUUUAGCUGUAAUGCAUCGUGUUUAAUUCUUCCGAUACCCGGUCUUAUUUGGUGUUCAGAACAAUUGCCUGCCAAUUUCCCUAAUUGGUUACCUCUUGGUUGUAAUUCAAAUCAUAAUAGUAACAGUACUCAAACAUUAACUUCACGAAUAACCAGUGGUAUUAAUAACAAUAAUACUAGUGGAAUAAAUCCUGAUUGGAUGGAUCCUCAUGUUUCUGGUCUAUCUCAACAAAUUUUAUCAGAUCUCAAUGAUUGUUAUAAGUCGAAUACAUUAGAUUUCCAAAGUAAUACUACUACUACUACUACUAAUAAUAAUAAUAAUGUUAAUAUGAAUGAUGAAGUUAGUAGUCGGUCAAAGUUUCGUUGUUUUCGUUUCGCUCAUUUAACAGCUGGUGUCGAAUUAUUAUUUGUAUUUCCAGAUGAGAAUGCAGCAAUGACUUGUUUAAAAAUGUGUCAGCUUUCUGGUGGACGUGACUAUGAUUGUGUUGUUGAACAGUUAGAUCAUCGUAAUGCAUCUACAUUGACAACAUAUCGUAAAAAAUCCUCAUCUAAUCCAUAUGAAUUAUUUCUCCUCAAAUUAUCAUCGUUAUUAUCUGAAAUCCCAACAAAAUUAAAUCAAAGUUUGUCUCAUGAUUUUACAGUAAAAGGUAAUAAAUAUCGUGUACCUCCUCUAGCAAACAACGAUGAUGACGAUAUGGAUAAUGAUUACACCGGUGACAAUAACCCUGACGAUUUUGAUAAUUCAAUGCAUAGAGAUGUUUUUAUUCAACCAGGUAUUACAAAUUUUAUAACUACUUGUAGCCCUUUCAUCACCAAUACCUAUGGACCAUAUUGUUUAAUGAAAGAUAAAAGACGUCUACAUCGCCGUUAUGUUAUUCAUCAGUCAUCGACUGAUUCAGAUUAUUCAAAUGUUAUAGCUGAUGGUGAAGAUGUGAAUUCAAUAAAAUGUAAUAAAUCUGAUGUUGCUAAUAAAUUUCGAACACGAACUCGAGAGAAAAUUGAUUUAGAUGGUAUUCGAUCGGACAACACUGAGACAAUAAUAAACGAUAUCUCCAAUAAUAAUAACAGUAAUAAUCAGACAACGUCUGAUGUAACUCCUAGUAAUAUUAACAACAGCGUUGACGAUAAAUCACAUUCAACUAGUUUAAUUCGUACAAAUAAAAUACUACGCGGAUUCAAACAAUGGCUUCAACGUCCUGUUGGUGUAAAUAAUAAUAAUAUUAAUAGCAAUAAUAAUGCCAGUAGUACCAGUAAUAGUAUUAGUUCUAAUGGUCCCUCAGUUGGUUCAAUUAAUUUCUCAACUGCAAAUAAUCCAACCAAUACAAUGAACAACAUUGUCACCUCUACCACUGGUUAUUUUAGUGGUAGCUGUGGAAGUACCACCACCAGCAGUGUAAAUUAUCAUAAUGUAAACAGUAAUAACAAUUGGGAUAUAUCUUCUACCGUGGAUGUUUCACAUUCGGAAUCUCCAAAUAAUGAACAUAAAUUCAGCUCACUAAUGACAGGUAUGUAUACAUAUGUAUAUAGAUAUACAGUUUGUGUGUGUGUGUACAUAUAUACCCGUUUUUAUGUACACAUAUAUAAGAACGGUGACUUUAUUUACAAUAAUUUUACUAAACUUGCCAUCUUGCUUUUCUUCCCAGUUUGUAUGACGUACUGACUGUAGUUAGAUCACUACUGAAAACCAGGAAACACUGCAUAGCUGUUUCAUUCUAGUAUUGAAUUUUUCAUCAGUGCACAUGUACGGCCACACAAACGGGAAUCGAACCCAGAUAUCUCAUCUAAAUACUAAGCCUCUAAACCAUGCAAUGGUGUACAUAUCUAAUUUCACUUAAUUCGCGAUAUCACACAACCACCUUCUGUUGCAUUGUCUAAGACAAAAUAACUUCCUCAUACCCAACAUGGUUGGACUUGGCUAGUUGCACCCUCUUACUAGAACUCCUGGAAUUACAUCUAGAAAUAAAAGGUCACCAGUAAGCAUAGAAUUAUUUUUAGUAUGUCGAGGGGGACGGGAGCAGGUUUGUAGAGAUUCUUAAAUUUAGAUAGUUUACAUUUAUGACUAUGUUAAACUGAAAAUUUUGUUUCUUUCUAAUCGUCGCCGUUAUUGUGGUCACACUAAUACUUCUAAUCUACUAUUUGGUGGUUGCUGAAUUUUAGGCGCAUUAUGGUUGAUCGUUAUUGAGAGCGUGCGCGAGUCAGUGAUCGACAUUGAGUGAAUCAUAAAAGUUAUAUUUGUCAUUCAGAAAUACAAUAGACUGUUUUCAUGAUUUAUCCGUUAAAAAUUAUAGCAAUACAAACAAAUUGAAUUUGUUAAUCUGUGGAGGGAGUCAUCUCUCCCGCUCUAAACGCUCUCAUAUGACCACUGUCAAGAAAGUUCUAUUCACUGGCUUCUCACACCACGAGUGUUGUGUAUGAAAUUAAGAGGACGAAAAGCGAAUAUCUGGUCGGGGCCUGAACCUAUAUGAUAGGUAUGACGGAGGAUCCACCUGGGGGAGUUGGGAAACUCUGACUCCAAACCAUUAGUGCACAUGGGCGAUAUUUUAACUGGUGUAAAAGUGAGUUAGAAGAAAAAUAUGAACUACCAAAUCAAAGCAUCGCAUCAUUUUUCCAAGUUCUUGAAUUUUCGUUUCAGCUCAAUGUUGGUAGCUACAAACUACUGGCUGGUUUAAAGCGCUGAGUGACUUGGUUUGUAAUCUGUCACAAAGUCGUAGAUGCAUUCAACUUUCAUCGUCUUCUAAAUCCUUGAGUUGUAGUGUUCGUCCAUAUAUACCUUUUCGAAAUAUAUUCUCAACAUUUGUCUGUCUUACUAACGUUAUUAACCCUACAUGUGUUUCAAAUCCUUUGCCAUUCAUUAGGUAAAUGAUAUUUCGUGGUUGGAUGAUGUAGUUAGAAUGACACAUCUUUAUGUCAAGUUCUUCAUUGAUUACAACUGACUAUUUACCUAAAAACGUUUUCUUUUACCUCAGACUACCUAGUCAUAGUCAAUAGUUAGGGACUUGGGAUGACAUGGGUCAAAAUCGUUCACAGUAACGGGGGUGUAUUCUUUCAGAUCCUAUAUUUUCUUCACGAAUAGUAUCUUCGAUGUUUAAUCUUCUCUAUUUUCAUUCAUACUGUUCCUACCUCUGUUACCCCGGAAUUUACCCCAAUAAUUUCUUCUCACUAUGCAAAUGGGACGUUUCAAAUCUUGGACUGAUUUACAUUGCAUUUGACUGACUUUAUUUUACUGCAUUAAUUUUUACUAACCCUCAUAAAUGCAUAACACAUUUUGCUUGUAAUUAAUUGAAAUUAACUAAGCACUCUUUUUAUGUCACUAUUCCAUUCGACAUUGUUCAAUAGUACGUUAAUCAUGUUUAUUUUAUUGCCUUAGAAAUAAUAAUUCUGUAAUUAUACAACUUGAUAAGCUGAAUUAUUUUGUAUUUGUAGUUUUCCUCAUUAUCUACCACUAAAUUUGCCACUAUCAUGUUCAACUUGAAAAAAAAAGAAGAAAAAUAUUGUAGCAUUGAUACUGAAUGAUGAUACCUAUUCCGAUCAAAGACCGAUCCAGUGUUUAAUCAAUAUUUAUUAGUUCCAAUGGAUACAUUUCAUGUUUUUUUUCUUUCAGUACACAUGUGUUCUAUUUAUAUAGAUAUACUUUUUUUGUGUAUGGAAAAUAACAAAUAAGUUAUGAUACUAGACUAUACACUACCUUUUUUCUUCAUGCGUGUAUCUGUGUGUGACUUGUUUCAACGAUGAAUGUGUAACUGAUUUUUUUGUCUCUUUAUACCUCAUUUUGCUGUUAUCGCUGAAUAGAAGGCAUUUUUUUUUCUUGACAGGAUUAAUAAUUCGUAGUUUUUCUGUGAUUGUAAAACUUGUAGUGUGUGUGUGUGUGUGUGUGACUAGUUGAUAAGCUAUUUUAUCAAUAUCACAAGUUCCUACUACUACUUAUCCACGCUUGAUUAUAAAGAAGCUUAGUCGGUAUUACCAGAGCAAGAUUCACCAAUCAGAAUUCCAGAUUCAAAAUACUCUAUUCUAAGCAUAAUACUUUUUAUAUGGUCUAACGUACUAAUUUUUCACUAAUGACACCCUGCUGAGAUAACUCCACUUCUAUUGGUUUGAAACACAGUUUUUUCCUCUCUCUCUCUCUCGUAGUAGAUAAGCUCUUUUAUAUUUUUCACGCACUCAUAGGUUUAUAUACAUAACUUAUCAGACUACGAUACACCCCAAGUUAGGUAUCACACUUCACAUACAAUCAAGCCAUAUAUGAUGGAGAAUGGAACAAAAGUUGGAAAAUUAAUUAACGUUUAACAAUUGUUAAUUGAUUGGGGUCAUAAAUCGACCAAUGGUAGGCUGCCAUUGAGAACCUGGAGGCACAGUAAGGUCAUUGAAUGCCGGUUCAAUGGUCUAGAGGUUAAGCGUUCGCGCGCGAAACCAAGAGUUCUGAGUCCUAAUCCCACGUGUGGGAUCGUGGAUGUGCACUGCUAAGAUGUCACAUAUUAGGGUGAAAUAGCCAUCCAGUGCUUCCAGGUUUUCAAUGAUGGUAUAACAUUGAUCGAUUUAUGAUCUCAAUCAAAAGUCAUCAAUCUCCACAACUCUAUACUGAUAAUGCUUUUGGUUUCAGGUUUCAAACCAUUAAGUCGGCUAUGUGAUGAGGACGAAUGUUACUUCCCGUUGUUAUUGGUUUAAGGUUGCUUUGUAUAUGACAGGUUUAUCAAAUUUGAGUACAUGGAUUUUCGGUUCAAUGGUUGUAUGGUUAUGUUGAACUUUAACUUUUUAGAUUCGUAUAUCCAAUCUGUUACCGUAUGUGUAUAGUAGUCUCAGACUAGUUCAACAAAAUAGUUUCAGUAUAUUUAAUAUGUGACUAAUAGUGGAAACAAGUUCCUAACGGGUUUCGUCAACUGAGUGUACUUGUAUUAAUGUAAGUGUUUACGAUAAGACUCAUACUCAACACUUUACGCUUUAAGCACAAAUAUAUUAUCUACUGAACUAUCAAGCAUUGACCAGUAAGUUGUUCAACAAAUAUGAAGGUGUUAUUCUGAGCCUCCGAUUCCUUGUUAUUAUUAUUUGUAACCGUAAUUGAUCAGUCUAUGUUGAUAUCUAUUCAUCUUGAACAAGUUGACUCGAUAUUGUUAUUCAAUUACAACUUUACAUUAAAGUCGAUUAAUAGCUAAAUAUGAAUACCAACAUUACUUACUUACGAUUGUUACUCCCAAUAGAGCAUAGGCCGCCGACCAGCAUUCUCCAACCCACUCUGUCCUGGGCCUUCUUUUCUAGUUCCAUCCAAUUCUUGUUCAUUUUUCUCAUGUCUAUCUCCAUUUCCCGGCGUAAUGUUUUCUUUGGUCUUCCUCUUCUCCUUUGGCCUUGAGAAUUCCAUGUGAGGGCUUGUCUUGUGACGCAGUCGAGUGCUUUCCUCAAUGUGUGUCUUAUCCACUUCCAGCGCUUCUUCCUGAUUUCUACCUCUUCUGGGUUCUGGUUUGUUCUCUCCCACAGUUGGUUGUUGCUAAUAGUGUCUGGCCAACGGAUCCAAAGUAUUUUACGUAGACAACUGUUAAUGAACACCUGUAUUUUCUGGAUGAUGGCUUUUGUAGUUCUCCAGGUUUCUGCCCCAUACAGUAGAACUGUCUAGACAUUUGAAUACCAACAUACAUCUUAAUUCUUAGUUCCUUAACUAAUUUCAUUGUUGAUGAGAAUUACCGUGAAAAAAAGACUUUUUUCUUCACUAUUAUUCACCAUAAUUGUUGAUCUUUCUUUUUCUUCUUCUUCUUCUUCGACUUUCUUGUCAUAUGGGAAAUGUUCAUGGUUAUUACAUUUGGAAAGAAAUUUUCUAUUUAAUCUUAAUUAUACAAGUUAUUUUUAUCUUGAUGUAUU